AUGCCAGGCUCCGGCUCUGGCUCAGGCUCAGGCUCAGGCUCAGAGUCCGCAUCAGACUCGUCGCCCGUGGAGAUUUCUGAGCACCCGCGAGAGGUCGAAGAAGACACGAAAGAAGGCAUCAGGGACCCGUCGGCGGUCACGAGCAAGAGUGGAAACGACGCAGGAGCAGGGAAUGAUCAAUUGCAAACGCCCACCUCCUUCCACACCUUCAAGCUAAUGCCAAUGGCACACACCAGCACCGCCGUCGCUCCAUCACCCACAACACCUGCGAACCCAAACACGACCGCGCAUCCAGCUUCACAUCCCACGAGUGCUACAGCCAACAUGGGCAUUCAGGCACAGGGCAAGCAGAAUCAUGAGGGGACCGCAACGCCUACCUCUGAGUCGCGGAUGAACCCUCCCCCUCGCCCUCCAAUGGCCACGCCCGUCCGGGAGAUGCGUGAAGGCUCACAUGUUUCUGGCGGCAGCGCGCGCAAGCCCCGACAGAAUCUGGAUGAGAAGGACCAUAUUGCGAUGCUCAAGGCCUGCUAUGAGCAGAAACACAAUUUCAAGGAGGGCACGAAGGCCCAAUUCUGGACGGGGGUCAACCAAGCAUUCUCCAAUGAGACCGGAAAGGUCCUCGCACAGAUGAGCGCGACAGUGGGAAGACUGGUUGAGAACCGCAGAAGGGCACUCUCAGAUUGGGAGAACGGGGUUAAUCCAAACAAGCCUGGCGGAGAAUUGAAUGACAGGCUGGAUCAAUGGAUUGAAUUCUUGAAAGUCGAGGACGCCGACGCAGAGGCGGAAAGAAUGAGGCAAGUGGAUGCUAGGAGAAAAAUUGAAGAGGAACGAAAGGAGGCCAGGAGACAAGCAAUUGCUGCAGAAUCAUUGGCGCAAGCUCAGAAUCCCGGUGUGCGGAUAGUUACAGGUCCUGCCCCUCCUGCGCCAAUACAACAAGUCCAGCAAAUUCCAAACCCACAGCACCAAGUCCCCCCGCCACACUCUCAGCCUCCCCAGCAAUAUCAGCAGCACCACCCGAUGCCGCACCAACCUCAACAUUCAAUUCAACAAGGCCCUCCACCACAUGGAGGAGAGAUGGUACCACACCAGCAAUCCAAUGGGCAACCUGAUAUCAAUGGUUAUCGCUCAGCAAAGAGAAGACGUAUGAAUGAACGAGCGCUCACUCAAGAAUUGCAGCAGCAGAUCCAGCAUGAACAAUGGCAACAGAACCCACCUGUUCAACAAGUGCAACAAUACCCAGUCGGCCCAGUCGCGCAUCCUCCCGAACCUCCUAGACGAGUUGUAGUAGAAGGAGCCAUGACAAAAGAAGACUGGAGAGAAGUAAUGGGCAACGACGCGCGCCUGCGAGCUCUCGAAACGAAAGUCGAUCGCAUCGAACUCCUUCUCAACCAGAACAACAAACUCCUUUUACAAUUGGUCCAAAAUCAGAAUAGCAAGGAUCGAGAUCGUCACCAUGAAGAGGAAAGGGUUCCAGUGCAUUUGGAUGCUGAAUUUGAGCGGGAUUACUUGUGA